AUGGGGAAGAAGCGAACCCAUGCCGAGACCAAGGAUGGCUUUGCGAAGCCCGAGCCGGACCAGGGCCGGCUGAGCGCGAAGAAAGAGCACAAGAAGGACCAGAAAAAGCCGCACGCGCAGUCGCAGCUUCUGAUUAAGCCGCAGCCAGAAUGGCAUGCCAUUGACCUUCCAGAGCUUCCUAUCGUCGACAAUCCCACCAUCCCGCCGCGUUACAUCAUCGAUGCGCUCCACGACUAUGCCCUCCAGCUGCUCGACGCAGAGGCCAAGGAGUAUGCAGCCUCACACCUCGCAAAGGACUCGUCGCACAAGUUCAUGGCUACUGUCAUGGACUCUGGUACCAUGGAGGACAAGGUGUCAGCCCUGACGCUCUUGGUCCAAGAGUCGCCACUGCACACGCAAAAGGCUUUUGGGCAGCUCAUGGGACUGUCGCAAAAGAAGAGCAGGAACGCCGCCAUGCAGGCUUUGGCUGCGCUAAAGGAUUUGCUUGGCCAGGGUGUCCUCCUUCCUCCAGACCGAAAACUAAAAGCGUUUGCGCGACAGCCAGCCCUCCUCUCCGCCAUCCAGGGAAAGAAUGUGCACUGGAAGGCGGGUGAGAAGCUUCCUGGUAGCCUGCAAAAAACGCAUUUGAUUGUAUGGGCGUUCGAGGACUGGCUAAAGAAGCAAUACUUUGAGCUGCUCAAGAUUCUCGAGGCAUGGUCUAAUGAUGAGGUUGAGUUCUCGCGCAACCGCGCUGUCACAUAUGUUUGGGAGCUCCUCAAGGAAAAACCAGAACAGGAAGAAAACCUGCUGCGACUGCUCAUUAACAAGCUAGGAGAUAAGGAGAAGAAGGUUGCAUCAAGGGCCUCGUAUCUGCUGCUCCAGCUGCAAAACACCCAUCCGCUCAUGAAGAACGUCAUCAUUAGCUCCAUAGAGUCCGAUCUGCUCUUCCGACCGAACCAAAGCGGAAUCGCCAAAUACUACGCCGUCAUCACCCUCAACCAGACCGUCCUCAGCCUGAAGGAGCCCGAGGUAGCCAACAAGCUGUUGGAAAUCUACUUCAGUCUCUUCUUGGGCCUGCUGAAGAAGCAAAAGGAACACGAAAAGGAGGAGAAGCGGCUGAACAAGCAUGGCCUCAUCCAAGGAGGUGGUGGAAAACCCGGCAAGAUGGCCAGGCAAAAGGCUGAAAAGGCGGCUACCAUGGCUUUCAAAGUCGAGGACGAGUCGCGCGAGAAGCUCAUUUCGGCAAUCUUGACGGGCGUCAACCGCGCAUUUCCCUUUGCCAAAACCGACGACGCCAAGUUUGAGGACCAGCUAAACAUGAUUUUUGAAGUGACACACUCUUCCAACUUCAACACCAGUAUCCAGGCCAUGACUCUGAUUCAGCAGAUUUCGGCCACGAAGCAUUAUUCUGCGGACCGCUUCUACCGUACGCUGUACGAGUCGCUUCUGGACCCACGCCUCAUGACGACUUCAAAGCACAUUAUGUUCUUGAACUUGCUAUACAGGUCGCUCAAGGCUGACACGAGCAUCAAGCGCGUAAAGGCUUUUGUGAAGAGGUUGCUCCAGACCAUUCACAUGCAUGAGCCUCCGUUUAUUUGCGGAGUCUUGUAUCUUGUAAACGAGUUGAUCAACACCUUCCCGAGCAUCAAGUCCAUGCUAUCCACACCAGAAGACCAUGCUGAUGACAGUGGCGAUGAACACUACGAGGAUGUUGAUGAGGAAAAGGAGCCCACAACCAAUAAGAGCGAAGACAAGUCUACAGCACCAGCCUACGAUUCUCGAAAACGAGACCCAGAAUACGCAAGAGCUGACCUGUCGUGCUUAUGGGAGUUGCUACCGUUGCAAGCACAUUACCACCCCUCGGUCCAUGUGCUCGCUUCCAAGAUUGUCAACCAGGAGCCCAUCAAGGAGAAGCCAGACCCAACAAUCUACACUUUGAUGAACUUCCUCGACAAGUUUUCCUUCAAGAACGCAAAGGCCAAGUCAUCCGGCAUUCACGGUACAUCCAUCAUGCAGCCUAUGGCCGGCACAUCCAAAGCGGCAUCCUACCUCAUCACGACGCGCGACGGCGACCGGACGCAUGACCCGCUCAACUCUGAGCAAUUCUGGCGCCGCAAGGUCGACGACGUGCGCGACGAUGAAGUCUUCUUCCAUACGUACUUUGAAAAGGCCGGCAAAGCCAAGCAGGCGGAGAAGAAGACGAAGAAGAAGAACCGCAAGCAAGACGACAGCGAAGACAGCGCCGACGACGAGGAAAUCUGGCAGGCGCUCGUCAAGAGCAGACCCGAAGUCGAGGGCGAUGGCGGCGACGACGACGAUCUCAGCGACUUCGACAUGGACGACAUGAUGAGCGAUGACGACGAGGGCGCAGGCGGUAUGGACGGCGGCGUCGAACUGAAUCUCGGUAGCGACGACGAUGAAGACGUCGAAACGGGUGGUCAGCACGCCGACGAUGAUGACGACGACGACUUUGCAAAUUUCGAUCUCGACGACGAAGACGCGUUCAUGGAUAGCGACGCUGAUGUCCCCGUUGAUCUUGACGUCGACGAGGAUGAAGGAGCCGCAAAGGAUGGGCGCAAGAAUAAGAAGCGCAAGCUUAAGAGUCUGCCUACUUUUGCCUCGGCAGACGAUUAUGCAAAAUUGCUUGCUGAUGAGGAUAGCGAGUAA